UUUGUAAUAGAGGCCACAAUAAUAAUUAAAUAAACUAAUUAGCAAGAAAAGGACUUCAAAUAUAAUAGUAUUUGCUUUCCAUAUCCUGGCAAUUUCUGAGCUCAAAUGAGAUAGCGAGGGAGCUCUGCAAAUAAUUAGGUGGUUCAUACUCUCUUAAAGAGCCAAAGGAGCUUAAUUAGCAGGUAGCUGUACGCUCAUAAUUAAUUAAAGUGGUCGAUAUGGACAUAUCUCUUUUCUCUCCUAAUAAGGAAGCAAAUUUUCUGCAGCAGUACUCAAACCAGAUCAAGAUCAAUGGUCUGGCAGCAGCUAUAGACAUGCAAAGCACCAAUCAGCAGCCCCAGAAUAGUCACACAUCAACAAGCCGUUCAUGGGGGUCCAGCGAGCCUUGUCCGGAGGGUGCUAAAUGGGCUUCAAGGCUUCUCAUGGAGUGUGCAAGGGCAGUCUCAGAAAAAGACUCCAGUAAAAUUAAUCACCUUCUCUGGAUGUUGAACGAGAUGGCUUCUCCUUAUGGGGACUGUGAGCAGAAACUGGCUUUUUAUUUUUUGCAGGCUCUCUUUUGCAAGGCUACGGAAUCAGGUCUCCGGUGCUACAAAACCCUAACCUCAGUAGCUGAAAAGAGUCACUCCUUUGAUUCAGCCAGGAAGUUAAUACUAAAGUUCCAAGAGGUAAGCCCUUGGACAACUUUUGGUCAUGUGGCUUCAAACGGUGCUAUAUUGGAAGCCUUGGAGGGAGAAACCAAACUUCACAUAAUUGAUAUAAGCAAUACCAUUUGCACCCAGUGGCCUACUUUGUUAGAAGCUUUGGCCACGAGAAACGAUGAGACGCCGCAUUUGAAGCUCACCGUCGUGGUAACAGCAAGCAUAGUCAAGUCAGUGAUGAAGGAAAUUGGCCAAAGAAUGGAGAAAUUUGCUAGGUUAAUGGGUGUUCCCUUUGAGAUUAAUGUGAUCAGCGGGUUAAACAAUUUGGGAGAGCUCACAAAAGAGGAUCUAGGUGUUCAGGAGGAUGAGGCUGUUGCUGUGAAUUGCAUUGGGGCCUUGAGAAGAGUGGAAGUGGAAGAGAGAGGGGCGGUUAUUCGGAUGUUUCAAUCGCUUCGGCCUCGCGUUGUGACUGUUGUUGAGGAAGAAGCUGAUCUUUUCAGCUCAUCAGUAAAUCAUGACUUUGUCAAGUGCUUUGAAGAGUGCCUUAGGUUUUACACUUUGUACUUUGACAUGCUAGAGGAAAGCUUUGUCCCAACUAGCAAUGAAAGACUGAUGCUAGAGAGGGAGUGCUCGAGAAGCAUAGUUAGGGUUUUGGGUUGUGAUCAUCACGAUCACGAUGAUGACAAAAAUGGUGGGGAGUGUGAGAGAAGGGAGAGAGGAAGCCAAUGGUCUGACAGGCUCAAGGUGGCAUUUUCGCCGGUUGGAUUCAGCGACGAUGUUGUGGAUGAUGUCAAGGCGUUGCUGAAGAGGUAUCGAGCCGGCUGGGCACUAGUACUACCACCACCACAAGGAGGAGGAGAAGGAGGAGGGGAUGAUAUUGAUCAAACAGGAAUAUACUUAACAUGGAAAGAGGAACCUGUAGUAUGGGCUUCCAUAUGGAAACCCUCUGCUAGUUAAUGUGUGGCUGCCCAAUUACCAAAAUUAUUGCAAGCCUACUACGUUCAGAAAGAUUCAAGGGAAUUGAAGAUCACUUCAUAUAUGGAGAUCCUCCUCCCUUUCUUCAAAAUCUUUUUUUUUUCCUUCUUAUGUCCUACUUUUUUCCUUUUGCUUAGUGCUUGGGAGUUUGUGUAUGGUUUUUGGUUUUAUUUUAUUGUUCUUGUCCUCUUUUUUAAGUUUCCCCAAAUAGAUAGCAGUGUUAAUUUUCAUUUAGAUUGCUUGCUUACAAUCUUGCGUCCAUCCCUGAGAGGUAUUCUGUAAUAUGUAUUUUCACUAGAUAUUGAACAACAUUAUUAGUUCUCA